GCGGGGGCUGGGGAGCACGGCGGGGGCGGGAAUUCCCGAGCGGCGGCCGGAACCGCGCGAAUGCGGCGUCGCGCGAGCCCCGCGACGGUCUGAGAGUCUGGGAGCUCCCGGGACGCCACCGCAGCCGCUAUGGGUCCCUGGGGAGAGCCGGAGCUGCUGGUGUGGCGCCCCGAGGCCGCGGCUGCCGAGCCCCAGCUGCCCGUGGGGCUGGAGGUGAAGCUGGGUGCGCUGGUGCUGCUGCUGGUGCUCACGCUGGUCUGCAGCCUGGUGCCCAUCUGCGUGCUGCGCCGGGCAGGGGCCGAGCCCGGCUCCUCAGCCUCCCGCCAGAAAGCCCUGAGCCUGGUCAGCUGCUUUGCUGGGGGUGUCUUUCUGGCCACCUGCCUCCUGGAUUUGCUGCCUGACUACCUGGCUGCCAUAGAUGAGGCACUAGCAGCCCUGCACGUGACACUCCAGUUCCCCCUGCAAGAGUUCAUCCUGGCCAUGGGCUUUUUCUUGGUCUUGGUGAUGGAGCAGAUCACGCUGGCUUACAAGGAGCAGUCGGGACCCCCGCCUCGAGAGGAGACCAGGGCUCUGUUGGGAACAGCAAAUGGUGCUCCUCAGCACUGGCAUGAUGGACCCGGCUUCCCACAGGCCAGCGGCACCCCUGCCGCCCCUUCAGCGCUGCGUGCCUGUGUGCUGGUCUUCUCGCUGGCCCUGCACUCCGUGUUUGAAGGCCUGGCCGUGGGGCUGCAGCGCGACCGGGCUCGGGCCCUGGAGCUGUGCUUGGCCUUACUGCUCCACAAGGGCAUCCUGGCUGUCAGCCUGUCCCUGCGGCUGCUGCAGAGCCGCCUGCGAGCUCAGGUGGUGGCUGGCUGUGGGCUCCUUUUCUCCUGCAUGACGCCUCUGGGCAUUGGGCUGGGUGCGGCUCUGGCACAGUCAGCGGGGCCGCUGCACCAGCUGGCCCAAUCUGUUUUGGAGGGCAUGGCGGCAGGCACCUUUCUCUAUAUCACUUUCCUGGAAAUCCUGCCCCAGGAGUUAGCCACUCCUGAGCAGAGGAUCCUCAAGGUGAUUCUGCUCCUAGCGGGCUUUGCCCUGCUCACUGGCCUGCUCUUCAUCCAAGUCUAGGGGAGCCCGAGAGGGAGGGGGAUGAAAGGGGCCUGGAGUCUUCCUAACCCUCCUCUAUCCAGUCUGUGGGGAUCAGGACAGAAUGGGAAAGGACAGCAUUGAGGACCAGAGCGCUCUCGAGAUGGGGAGAGAACCUCUGGGACUAACUGACCAAUGAGAGGGGCAGUUUUCAGACAGGAAUCUGGCCCCUUGCCAGAGGACAAAGGAUCAUCAAAUCACUGAAGAUGAUCAGGGAGGGUAUUCAUAGAGAAAUCACUCAUGGACUGCUAGAAUCCAUGUCACACACUACUCAUGGGGCAGACUGACUAGGGCAGCUGAGGUUGGGUUCCCAGCAGCUAUGAGAUAAGGGCCGUACCCCAUUUCAGCCCUCUGAGCUGGAGUGACAAACCCCUUGGCCCCUGAUCUCCGGUCUAUUCCCUCUCCAUCCUUCCUAGAGACGCUGUCAGACAGCCCUUUCUGCCAGCUUUGGUGCCUUCUCCGGCUUCUCUCUUUAAAGUGCCAAAUAACUACCCAUAAGCACAGUGAGGGCACUAAGCCCUGCCCUUCUCUCAGUAGAGGGGUGCUGCUUGCUCUUCAUUCUGGUCCUGGAUCCUGGCCUGGGGCAGAGGCCUGGGCUGGGCUGGGGCAGGAAGGAUGAUUGGCAGGGCUGCCAGCUUGCACACUGCUGCACCCUAGGAUGAGGGAACAUGGACAUGAUGCCCUGCACCGGGGUGACAAAUGCUGAGCUGCCAAAACUUUUUUUAUACCAGCGGAGCUCCAGGGGACAGGGGCUGGCUCACCCCCAGGGUUAUUUUGGGGGAGGGAGGGCUAUGCACAGGGCCAUUUUCUCUAGAAUCUAUUUUACUAACUGACUUGUUUUGGGACGUGUUACCCCAAAUAAAAGAUGUU